CCUCCUAAACAAUAUUUUGCAUAUUCCUUUAUGAAUAUGCAGUUUAUUAUCAAGUUCAGACAUAUUACUCCAACAUCAAAAAUAACUAUUAUAUAGUACAGAAAAUACUGUACAGUUCUAAAAUUGUUCUCUGGUCAUGUAAUGUUCAAGGAACGAUUAGUAACAUCUUUCUCUCAUCUUUCUCAUCUUUCAUGUUUUUUUUGUCAGGUUGAUGAAAAGUUUCAAGACUACCUGAGUGCAAAUCAAUGGCGUCCAUCUUUGUGGAGGGGAGACUGAGCCAUUAAGGCCGUCCUAAAACCCGUCUGAGAGCUGUCGAUGGGCAAACCCCACCGCAAGUCAUGUUUGAGGCCCCAACCAUUUAUCUCAGGGCUUUGGCACAUUUCAUUGGCUAGCACAUAAUCUGCUAAAGGUCACAGCCACUAAUUACACUAUUCCAAAACAGACAGAUGCCUCCCCGGAGCUUGAUUGUGCUCUCCUUUAUCGGAAGAAUAUGCAAGAGUUGCAUAACCAUCACUUGGAUGAUUUGAAUAACAUGUGCGACGCUCACUUUUCACCAGAACAACCCAAUGCCUGACCUCUUAAGAUGAUGAGGCAAACCUAGUUCAGCCAAAAGAGAGGAGUGACGUCCACCUCAACGCAGCAGCUGCAGGACGUUUGUCAGUUUUGUCCCUGUUGAACAAACAAUGAACUGAGGACCUCCACUCCUUCAACUUCACACAUCUCCGCAGCACCCACUCUUCAACCUCGCCGACGUUGCCUCACCACGCCUGGGCAGAGAAAUGUGUGUGCGUGUGUAUCCUCGGAUGCAUGACUGUGUCUGAGUAUUUUUGGGCUGAAGUAAGAGGUAGUAGGCUGCACUUAACCUCUCACCCUCUUGAGAGGCACUCCACGUGACUGACUACAACAUUUGUCUCCACUGCUGCAAAGCAUCAUGGGUAGGAAAAAGAUUCAGAUCCAACGGAUCACAGACGAAAGGAACAAGCAGGUGACAUUCACAAAGCGAAAGUUUGGCUUGAUGAAGAAAGCCUACGAGCUGAGUGUAUUGUGUGACUGCGAGAUCGCUCUGAUCAUCUUCAACCACGCGAACAAGCUGUUCCAGUAUGCCAGCACUGACAUGGACAAGGUCUUGCUCAAGUACACAGAGUACAACGAGCCUCACGAGAGCCGGACCAAUGCAGACAUUAUUGAGACCUUAAGAAAGAAAGGCUUCAACGGUUGUGACAGUCCAGAGCCGGAUGGUGAAGACUCCAUUGACCAAAGUCCCUUAAAUGAUGACAAGUACCGUAAGACCACAGAGGACCUGGAUGUUCUCUUUAAACGCUACGGACAGUCGACAGCUCCGCCCCAGACGUUCUCCAUGCCAGUCACCGUCCAGUCGUCCAAUCAAAGCACACUGCAGUUUAGUAACCCUGGCAAUGCGCUGGUAACUACCUCCUAUGUAACAUCGUCACCGCUCACGGAUACCCACCUCCUGUCGCCACAGCAGCCGGCUGUUCAGAGAAAUACAGUGUCGCCUGGGUUGCCACAGAGACCGGCCAGUGCAG